AUGGAGCCGCCUUCCAACGCCCUCCUGGGCCAGCAAGCCAGGGGCGCCGCCACACUGAAGACACUCUCGAUCCGGAUGAGGGCAAUCAAGAACAUGCAGAAGAUCACCAAGGCCAUGAAGAUGGUGGCAACGGCCAAGUUCAAGAAGGACAUGAGGACGAUGGAAAACAGCCUGCCCUUCGCCAACCCUGUCCUGAAUCUGUUUCAGCGCUUGCCAGCAGAGGAGAAGGCCGGGCAGAUUACCUACGUGGCCGUUACCUCCGACAAGGGCCUUUGCGGAGGCGUGAACACUGCAGUCGCCAAGCAGGUGCGCUUGGGCGUGACAGCCGAAGAGGCGAAGGGCAACGUCUCCAAGAUCAUGGUGGUGGGCGGCAAGGGCGUCGCAGUGCUGAAACGCCUCUACGGCGAUCGAUUUAGCACCACCUUCGAGGAAUGCUCGAAAGUGCCCUUUACCUUUGCGGCCGCAAGUGUCAUCGCCGAACGCAUUGCUGCCAGCAAGCCGGCACGCUGCAAGGUGGUGAGCAAUGAGUUCAAGUCCAUGGUCUCCUACGACACGAUCGCCAAGCACACCUACACCGUCGACGAGGCCACUGGAAUGGACCGAGGGGAGUGGACCAAGGCAAUGGACGUCUACUCCUUUGAGCCUUCCAUCUACGAAGUCUGGCAGGACCUUCACGAGUUUUACUAUGGCUGUGUCAUCUACGGCUCCGUGAUUCAGAGCACCACCACAGAGACGGCCCAGCGCAUGAAUGCCAUGGAGAACGCCUCAAAGAAUGCCGGGGAGAUGUACGGCAAGGUGGAGCUCCAGUACAACCGGGCCCGCCAGGCCAAGAUCACCACCGAGCUCUGCGAGAUCAUCUCAGGUGCCUCCGCAGUCUAA